AUCGAGGUCUUACUACGCACCAUCCUCAUCAUUCAGCAAAGCGUGAUACGCAGCCAGCUCGCUCCUAGGCUUUCUCAGAUUUGCAAUAGACCCAAGCAAGUGAAUACUGCAUACGGAAGCAUUUGCGAGCGCCAGAUAUUGCAUCUCACUUAGGUUGUCUCAAGCCCACGCGGUGUAUCACGAGCCUACAACAAAACCCCCAACCUAUCUCCAACGCCAUAAUACUACUUUCUAAAAGUCUUUCUUUUGGCUUUAAUUGAAUAGAAAUUAAGAAGCAAAGAGGAGUCGAGAAGCCCACACUUGGCAGCCAAGUUCACGAUGCCUUACACGCUCAAGAUCCCGUCAACAGAAGUCAUUGACACAGGAAGUUCUAAGCCAUAUACGGUAUAUCAUGUAGUCAUCGAAACUCCCUUGCGCACACAGACACUGCAGAAGCGAUAUUCAGACUUUGAAGCGCUGCACAAGCAGUUGUCAUCGACUCUAGAAACUCCGCCCGCGCAACUACCCAGCAAGUCGUGGUUUUCUCGUACGGUCAACAAUCCGGAGCUCACUGAACAACGCCGCAAGGGUCUUCAGGCGUAUCUUCAAGCGAUUGAGACUUCGACUAACGCGAAAUGGAGGACUUCGGCUCCGUACAGGGCCUUCCUCGGCUUUUCCACAUCUGCGUCGUCAAAGAAGGCAAGCGUAAUCGAAGAGGAAGCCUUGGGUCCUGCUGCGAAGGCUGCAAUGACGAGCCACCAGUGGCUAGACUUGCACAACGACUUAAAGGGGUAUAUACAAAGCGCCCGAACGGCACUGGCGAAGCGGGAUCAAGCUAGCAGCGUCACGUUGCAGCACGAGGCAAGUGCGCAGGCGAAGAAGUGGCUCGUAAAAGCUCACACACUCAUAUUGAAACUCGACGAUGGGCUGAAGGGCUUGAGCGAAGGCAAGAACGGGGUUGAGAGGUUAGGCGACGGUGAGGUUAGGCGGAGACGUGAUUUGCUUAGCCGCGCAAGAAAGGAAAGAGAUGCGCUGGAGGGCGUUCUGAACAGCUACGUCACACGUAGUUCAGCAGCAAGAUCGCCUUCUCCCGAGUUCUCGCCAUCAUCAUCGUCCCAGAAUCAAAGUUCCAAAGCUAACGACAUGCCGGGCGCUUUUCCUUCAACAGCGUCAGCCGGACAGGCCCCACGGCGUGUUCUCGGUGCAGCAAAGGAGACGGAGCGAACGAGAGAGCUGGACAACCAAGGCGUUCUCCAACUGCAGCAGCAGAUUAUGAAAGAGCAGGACGCAGACUUGGACGAUCUUGCCGUUGUGGUCCGCCGCAUGAAGGAGAUGGGUGUCGCCAUCAACGAAGAGCUGAUUGAACAAGGUCAACUGCUUGAUGUGAUAGACCAAGACGUGGAUCGAGUUAGCGGGAAGAUUGAUGUUGCAAAGAAGAGGAUCAAGAAGAUACGAUGAGCGGGGAUGGCAUGGAUCUGGACUGGCUUUGAGCAUAGCGUUUGAUCAUUUGUUGGUACUGUAGAACUCCCCCCCUGGCAUGCGCAACGAUACCCAGAUUACUCGAAAUGAAAGCGAUUUGCGAAACGGAAGAAGGUUUUGGAGAUUUGUGAAAGAAUAAAGAGGCAAAGAAGUCCCUCCCUUUGCAUCGCUCCCAAAAUUCGCAGUUUCGCCUGUCUCCCGUCAUUCCCAGCC